AAGGGGGACAAGUCGGAUGGGCAGGAAGGAAUCGGGGGAGCGGGAGGUGGUGGGGGAUCCUGCUGGCCAUGUGGGGCACUGGCUGUGUCAUCUCCUCACUGGGAGGUGUCAGUCGGGCCUGAAUCUCACACGCUCCUUUGUCUCCUUCGCGUCUCACAGGAGCUCAUCGAGGAGCUUCCCGACGACUCGUCACCCAGCGCCGUCCUCGCCCACUCCCUGGCUGCAGUGGGCAACCUCUGCACCAUGAAACCUGCUCUGGAGCCAGACGUAGAGACCCACCUCUUGCGAGCUGCCCUUCACUCUGUCUUCACCCUGGGCACGGAGAGGGACACCACCGACAUCCAGACUCUGCACAAAGUCAUCCCAGAGGUCCUGGAUGCCAUGCUGGGGAAUCUGCUGGCAGAGUCCCCAGACACAGACAGGCUCCACUUCAUCUUGGAGCAUGUCAACUUCUGGGUCGUGUCCAGGGUGUCCCAGGAGCGAGCCAGGGCCAUCAGGAGCAGCACAGCCCUGCUGAGAUACAUAGUCACCCUCCCUGAGUUUGACAUCUCCGCCGAGUUCCCCAGGAUGGGGCACCAUGUGGCCCAGCUGGCUCUAUUUGUCAGCGAUCCGGACAAGGACAUCAGCCGGCAGGCCAGGGAGGGGACUUACCGGCUCUACCAGCUGCUGCUCCGACAGAGGGGGCUGACCAUACAUGACGCGGAAGAUCUCUGGUGCUAUGACUGGCACCAGGACAGAAGGCUGUUGGGCUACAAAAAUACAGCCAGAGUGGGGGAGGUCUUUGGAAAAUUCUUCUGCGACGGGCAGAAAAGAUCCUUUCUGCAGACAGCAGUGCUGGCCAUCCACGACCCCCUGCUACGAGUCAGCCAGGCUGGGCUGGUGCUCGUCUACUCCCUCCUGGGGGAAGCCCAGCAACUGAUGGGGGUCACGCACGAGGAUGUCACAGCCAAGAUCAUGGGCCAGCUUCACAUCAUCAGGCACUUGCACCAGAUGCCCGAGGCGCUGCAAGGGCUGUGGCUCGUCUGAUGCUCUGAAAGGUUCCCCUCCCUGUUCAGCAAGUCCCGCUCCCUGCUGCAGGUACUGCUCUGUCUCACUGUAAAUGCGGGGCUAGUGGAAGCGGAAAUGGAGGCCCCUGGCACUCACAGAAACUCUCUCCCCUCUCUGUGGA